GAUAGUAAAUCAGAGAUGAAAAUGUAGCGAAGCAAUACAUGACAAUAUGACAUGGUAUGAGUAUGAUACUAUGAUUGCUCGCAAAAGCAAAAGCAAGAACGUUCCAACGGAGAACAUAAUCUCACCACUCAAAACACACAAGCUCGUCUUUUUUCACUCUCCACAAUUACUGCUAAUAAUAUCACCGAUCUAUGCUCUCUGCACUUGCUGCUUUUCCACUUAGGUUAGGACUUAUGUGCAGUCAUUCGGGUACUGGAAUCUUCCAUAUCAAAGGCUCUGUUUUUACGGGACCCUUUUCUGAAAAGUUUGAAACUUCGGUGACCGUAUCACUUUAUUAUUAUUAUUAUUAUUAUUUUGUAUGAGAACUGUUUUGAUCUCCGAAGACUAGGUUUUGAGCAAUAGAGCAAUAGAUAGGUGACUAGAACUUUUUCCAAUUAAUGCCUGGAAGGGUUUCGGGUUCUACUAUUGAGAGGGCGUAAUCUAGGACUAGGAAUAAGUUUGGAUUAUUUAGGGUUUAUCUCUGUUCAGCUUGUAUAUUGUGGAAGGAUACGAAAAUAGAAAUAAGGUAGCCCUAAAAUUUAUGAUUUAGGAAUGGCUUCUUACAGGCCUUUUCUUCCUCAAUCUUCGUUUCGUCCACCAAGUCAAAGUCAAAACCCUCCAAAUGCUGGAUAUAAUCAUGCUGCUGGUUUUGGAUCAUCAGCUUCACACCAUUAUCAGCAGUAUCCAUAUCCACCACCACCACCACCACCACCACCAGCAGCUCCUCCUGAAACCUCAUACCCUCCACCACCACCUCCACCUGUUCCUGCACCUUCAAUGUACUAUCCUCCUAAUCAAUACUCUCAGUACAAUCAGCAGCAGCCACCACUGCCUCCUUCUUCGCCACCGCCCAGUGCAUCUAUGCCACCACCACCUCCCCCUAGUUCACCACCACCUCCUGCUUCAGCUUCUUUGCAAAGUCAAAGGAACGAGGAAAGGCAAUCGCAUGAUCGCAGUAAAGGGAAGCUGAAGGAGGCUUCAACUUCCGCCAGAGGCAUUCCUCAUAAACAGCAGAAGCCAAUGCCAAUGAAGAAAUCGAAUGGGCCUCCUGGGAGAGCUGAGACGGAGGAGGAAAGGAGGUUGAGAAAAAAGAGAGAAUUUGAGAAGCACAGGCAGCAGCUGAAGGAUUCCCAGAACAGUGUUCUGCCAAAGACUCAGAUAUCUGGGAAGGGGCAUGGUUCGGUUAUAGGGUCACGGAUGGGAGAAAAGAGGACUACUCCUUUAUUGAGUGGUGAAAGGAUUGAAAAUAGGUUGAAGAAGCCAACUACAUUUCUAUGCAAGAUGAGGUUCCGAAAUGAACUUCCAGAUCCAAGUGCACAACCCAAGCUAAUGGCAUUCAAGAAAGACAAAGAUGAAUAUGCAAAAUAUACGAUCACAUCCCUGGAGAAAAUGUACAAACCCAAGCUUUUUGUGGAGCCUGAUCUUGGGAUACCUUUAGACCUGCUUGAUCUCAGUGUUUACAAUCCUUCCAGUGUUAGACCACCCCUUGAACCAGAAGAUGAAGAACUGUUGCGAGAUGAUGAAGUUGUUACUCCAAUGAAAAAAGGUGGCAUAAAAAGAAAAGAAAGACCUACUGACAAAGGUGUUGCAUGGCUUGUCAAAACACAGUAUAUAUCUCCUCUAAGCAUGGAAUCGACAAAACAGUCUUUUACUGAAAAGCAAGCAAAGGAACUGAGAGAGAUGAAGGGUCGCAAUAUUUUGGAAAAUAUUAACAACAGGGAAAGACAAAUAAAGGAAAUAGAAGCAUCAUUUGAAGCGGCUAAAUCACAUCCCGUUCAUGCAACUAACAAAGAUGUGUAUCCUGUUGAGAUUCUGCCGUUGCUGCCUGAUUUUGAUAGGUACGAUGAUCAGUUUGUUGUUGCGGCAUUUGAUAAUGCUCCUACAGCUGAUUCUGAAAGCUACAAUAAGUUGGACAAAUCUACACGUGAUGCCCAUGAGUCGCAGGCAAUUAUGAAAAGCUAUGUUGCAUCGGGUUUGGAUCCUGCAAAUCCUGAGAAAUUCUUAGCUUAUAUGGUCCCAGCACCUGGAGAGAUGUCAAAGGAUAUAUAUGACGAAAACGAAGACGUCUCAUAUUCUUGGGUCCGCGAAUAUCACUGGGAUGUACGGGGCGAUGAUGCACAUGACCCUACGACGUACUUGGUUUCGUUUGACGAGUCAGAGGCACGCUAUUUGCCUCUUCCUACAAAGCUUGUUUUAAGAAAAAAGAGAGCCAGAGAGGGAAGAUCUGGUGAUGAGGUUGAACAAUUUCCAAUACCUUCAAGAGUGACUGUAAGGCGACGGCCGAACGCAGCUGCAAUUGAACUGAUGGAUUCUGAGGCUUAUGCAAAUACGAAGGGAGGGGACGUAGAAAUGGAUGAUGACGACGACAUGGAAGAGCAACAUAGGGUUGCUAAUGCUAUGCAGCAGCAGGAUAAUUAUCAGUCUAGUGGAGCAGAAGAUGACAUCUAUGAUUGAUUGAUUCUUUGAUGCAAAUUUUGCUGCUGCACCUUCAUGAUAAUUUCUCCACCAAUUUGUUUUCGUACUGAUGGUGGCUGGUAGCUGAAUUUGAAGUGACUUAAGAUUCUCCAUUGAAGGAUGAAAAAUGAGAUGAGAAUCGCCAUGUUAUAUGCCCAUUUCAACUCAUACCUUGUACUUCCCAAUUGUAGGCAGUUUUAAAGUUAUAGGUUUUUCUGUUAAAAUAGAAAAUAAUGAAAAAUAAGAAAAUGUAAAAAUGUGUAAGGUAACAUGUUUUUAUUUAUUCGGUAUAUUUGUUGGCCAAAUUUUUAAGAUCUUAAGAGUUUCUUUGGAACAUGCUAGUGUUUCUUAGAAAGAACAAAUGAUAAACAGCAUAUUUAUCGAACAAACUCGAUGAAAACUAGCAUAUUACAUUCAUGUCAGUGUCGAAGGU